UCUUUUCGCAGCCGGAAAGACCAGAGGCGUGUUUCAGGGUCUCUUGCUGGAUACGGUGGCUCGGCGGGUCGGAUUUAUUGUGAAAUCUCGCGCGAUCGCGCUGGCGCCGUCGGAGACGGGGCGGGACUGGCGGCGGGGGCGGGGACCCGGAGCGGGAAGAUGGCGGCGGCGCAGGAGGCGGACGGGGCCGGCAGCGCCGUGGUGGCGGCCGGGGGAGGCGGCUCCGGUCAGGUGACCAGCAAUGGCAGCAUUGGGAGGGACCCGCCAGUGGAGACCCAGCCCCAGAACCCACCACCCCAGCCAGCACCCAAUGCCUGGCAGGUCAUCAAGGGCGUGCUUUUCAGGAUUUUCAUCAUCUGGGCCAUCAGCAGCUGGUUCCGCCGAGGGCCGGCCCCUCAGGACCAGGCGGGCCCUGGAGGAGCCCCGCGCGUCGCCAGCCGCAACCUGUUCCCUAAAGACACUUUAAUGAACCUGCACGUGUACAUCUCAGAGCAUGAGCACUUUACAGACUUCAACGCCACGUCCGCCCUCUUCUGGGAGCAGCACGACCUCGUGUAUGGCGACUGGACGAGUGGCGAGAACGCCGAUGGCUGCUACGAGCACUUUGCUGAGCUUGACAUCCCACAGAGCGUCCAGCAGAACGGUUCCAUGUACAUCCACGUCUACUUCACCAAGAGUGGCUUCCACCCAGACCCUCGGCAGAAGGCCCUGUACCGCCGGCUUGCCACAGUCCACAUGUCCAGGAUGAUCAACAAGUACAAGCGCAGGCGGUUCCAGAAAACAAAGAACCUGUUGACUGGAGAGACAGAAGCUGACCCGGAAAUGAUCAAGAGGGCCGAGGACUAUGGGCCUGUGGAGGUCAUCUCCCACUGGCACCCCAACAUCACCAUCAACAUUGUGGACGACCACACACCGUGGGUGAAGGGCAGCGUGCCCCCACCCCUGGACCAGUAUGUGAAGUUCGAUGCGGUGAGCGGAGACUAUUACCCCAUCAUCUACUUUAACGAUUACUGGAACCUGCAGAAGGACUACUACCCCAUCAACGAGAGCCUGGCCAGCCUGCCGCUCCGUGUCUCCUUCUGCCCACUCUCGCUGUGGCGCUGGCAGCUCUACGCUGCCCAGAGCACCAAGUCCCCCUGGAACUUCCUGGGCGAUGAGCUCUACGAGCAGUCAGAUGAGGAGCAGGACUCAGUGAAGGUGGCCCUCCUGGAGACCAACCCCUACCUGCUGGCUCUCACCAUUGUCGUGUCCAUCGUCCACAGCGUCUUCGAGUUCCUGGCCUUCAAGAACGACAUCCAGUUCUGGAACAGCCGGCAGUCUCUGGAGGGCCUCUCUGUGCGCUCGGUCUUCUUCGGCGUGUUCCAGUCCCUGGUGGUCCUCCUCUACAUCCUGGACAAUGAGACCAACUUUGUGGUGCAGGUCAGCGUCUUCAUCGGGGUCCUCAUCGACCUCUGGAAGAUCACCAAGGUCAUGGAUGUCCGGCUGGACCGGGAGCAUAAGCUGGCGGGGCUUUUCCCCCGCCCAACCUUCAAGGACAAGUCCACAUAUGUCGAGUCCUCGACCAAAGUGUACGAUGACAUGGCCUUCCGGUACCUGUCAUGGAUCCUCUUCCCGCUCCUGGGUUGCUAUGCCAUCUACAGCCUGCUGUACCUGGAGCACAAGGGCUGGUACUCCUGGGUGCUCAGCAUGCUCUAUGGCUUCCUGCUGACCUUUGGCUUUAUCACAAUGACGCCCCAGCUCUUCAUCAACUACAAGCUCAAGUCUGUGGCCCACCUGCCCUGGCGCAUGCUCACCUACAAGGCCCUCAACACCUUCAUCGAUGACCUGUUUGCCUUCGUCAUUAAGAUGCCUGUGAUGUACCGGAUCGGCUGCCUGCGGGACGAUGUGGUUUUCUUCAUAUACCUCUAUCAACGGUGGAUCUACCGCGUCGACCCUACCCGGGUGAAUGAGUUUGGCAUGAGUGGAGAGGAACCCGCAGCAGCUGUCCCUGUGACCGAGGCCCCGACGGCAGCAGCAGGAGCCCUCACACCUGUACCUGACACUUCAGCCACCGCCACUGGGGAAGAGCCUGCCACGCCCUCCCAGGGGGCCAGUUCCGCAGAUCAGCCCCAGGAAGCGCCUCCAAAGCCAGCAGAGGACAAGAAAAAGGAUUAGCCGCUCCUGGUCACCCUCGUCUACUCCAGGUCUUGGUGACUGCCACCGCCCUGCCUCCCGGCCCCCGUCGCCUC